GCGAGAGGUAGUCAAGCUAUCAGCUGUGCGAUUCGAUUCAAAGAGGUCACCUUGAAGUUGUGAAUUUCAGUUCAGUCAAUUUUAUUUUACUCGCAGUUCGUACGCACAGGCAUUUUUUCGCCCGAUUUUCGACAGAUUUUUCAACGUCGCGCCAGCCAACAAAAGUCAGUUAAGUCACAAAAGUUUUUGGUUAGUAAGCGAAUAAACGCCGAGUCACAAGCAACCAAAGAACGAAAAUCCGCAAAAAUACCACAGAUAAUAGAUAAUAAAGUGCUAAAACGAAUAACGAAAAUAUAAGGAUGGACGGUUUUCGACGCCUCUUCGUUGACCUUCAACGACAACUGCACACGCUGCUACAAAUAAUAUUGAAUUGGCAAUUUGUACGCUGGAUCGUCGACUACUAUUCGAAAUUAACUAACGAUCGUAGCAUUGACGCCGAUGCGAACGCCGACGACGUUAGCGGCAACGCUGACGUACCGCAACCCAACACCAAAACCAACAGUAGACCGCGCAUUAAAUGGUCGUGCGGUGUAACCGAGGAUGGAACAGGAGCCAACAACGCCACGAACAUUACGGACGCCAGCAAUGCGGUUAGCGAUGGCGGCGCUGAGGGUCCGGAAGGGCAUAACCGCGCUGCUGCCGAAGCUGUGACGCGCGUCGUUGACACGAAGCGCUCACGAAAUGCAGCUUCCGAUAUGGUCGCGGGUGACCAAGAACAGCAAUUGCCCGACAUACCGGUGACAGAAACUGUUACGGACGUCGGUCUUGCGGGUGUGCUGAACGCAAUUCCAAGCGCAAAUAUGGGCAAUGUGCAUAGUAGUAAUAAAAACAAGCAUAAAGCUAACAAAAUUAGUGCUGGCGGUGAGGGCACUAAUUCACAAAAGUCUCCCAAGACCACAAACUCACCGAAGAAGCGCAAUUCAAAGGAGAAAACUAUAAAAUCAAACAAGCAGGCAGACGAAGUUGUCGUCGAAAAAUCGGAGCCUGAUAUAUUAAUAUCCAGCUACAUAGUCGAUAACAAGGCAGCACAGGCGCUAGAGAACUGUUCAUCCGAAACGAGUUCAGAGCAGCUUAGCUUGAAAUCAGCAGAGACUGUGGAACUUGACGCGCAAUUAGUUGACGCAGAAGAACAAAAAUCGAAUCACACACAAAUUUCCUCCCAACCAUCGAAUUCCAAGGAGCAAUUUGAUUUGGAACUAAAUAAUCAGGAAGACGAAACCAAAGAGGAGCCAAUUGAAGAAGUCAAAGUUCCGGUAACAACAGCUGUUGGCGCCAAAUUUGAAAAACUUAGCGCAGAUCAGUUGGUGCUUGCAGAACCAAGAGCACUCAAGAUGACUAUAUCAUCUGAUAUACAUAGCGUACCCAUCGCUGAGGGUACCAAUGCCGAGAGUGUGCUCUAUAGAAUUAAGCGUGGCACUACACUUCGCGUACAUGGCGAUGCGUCACUUUUGGGACGCGAAAUUAUUUUACACACUAAUUACCCUGCAGAGGGUAAAAAAUUCGUACGCACCGAAUACCGUGUACUGGACUGGCAUGCGCGUAAUGGGAAACCGUUUACCACGAAUUUGAGUAAAUAUGCGCACAUUGUCGACACGGACAUAUUCAGCGAGGUGAAAAUGAAUCUCUCAGGUACCUUCCGCUUCUGGUUUCAAUACAAGGAUAGCAAGGGUUCGGAGCCGGAUGGUGCACUUUAUGUGCAAGUGGAGCCCACUCUGCAUGUCGGUCCACCCGGCGCACAGAAGAUCAUACCCUUGAAUUCGGUGCGCUGUCAGACGGUGCUUACAAAGUUAUUGGGUCCGCUCAACACGUGGGAGUCGAAGUUGCGCGUUGCCAAGGAAUCGGGCUACAACGUCAUACACUUUACGCCAAUACAAGAGCUCGGCGGUUCGCGUUCGGCCUAUUCGCUGCGCAAUCAAUUGAAGGUGAAUCCGCAUUUCGCUGUAAAGAAGGGCGGUGAGGUCAGCUUUGACGAUGUGGACAAGGUGAUAAAGAAGUGUCGCCAGGAGUGGGGUAUAGCUUCCAUUUGUGACAUUGUGCUAAAUCACACGGCCAACGAGUCAGAUUGGGUGCGCGAACAUCCCGAUGUUACCUACUCUUGCGCAACGAGUCCGUAUCUGCGUCCCGCUUUUCUGCUUGACGCCUUACUCGCCAAGUGCGGUGAGGAUGUGGCUGCCGGGCUUUUGGAGCAUGUCGGUGUGCCGGCAGUAAUCGAAUAUGAGGACCACUUGCAGGCGCUCAAAUAUCAAUUACAUCAAGUAUAUUUGCCGAAAGUGAAUAUUCAUGAGCUCUUCCAAUGCAAUAUUAGCAAAACCAUUGAGGAAUUCAUGAGCUUAGUACGCACACGCGCACCACCAAAGCAUGUCGCCGACGAGUCACGUUUCAAUGAGAUACAAUUGAUUAAAGAUCCACAGUUUAAACGUUUGGGUGUGACCAUUGAUAUGAAUCUGGCAUUGGAGAUCUUUAACGCCUUCCAUGGCGAUUGCUUCGAUGAAGAAUCACGUUUCCGUAAAUGCGCCGAGACUUUGCGUUACCGUUUGGAGGCGAUCAAUGAGGAAGCGCGUGCAGAGGUUCAAGGUUAUCUGGGCUAUGCCAUCGAAAACUGUUUGGCCGGCAUACGGUAUGAGCGUGUGCAGCACGAUGGUCCACAUGUGCGCGUCAUUUCCGAGAAGCAUCCACUUUUUAUGCAAUACUUCACACAAUUGAAAGCAGUCGGCAAGAGCCUCAAGGAGAUAGAGGAAGGCAUGUAUGGCGAUUUGGGUAAAUUCUUCCAAGCACACAACGGCUGGGUUAUGGGUUAUAGUGAUCCAUUACGCGACUUUGCCGAGGAACAGCCGGGACGUGGUAAUGUGUAUCUCAAGCGCGAGCUUAUUGCUUGGGGAGAUAGCGUCAAAUUGCGUUACGGCAAGAAACCGGAAGAUAGCCCUUAUUUGUGGAAACACAUGACCGAGUAUGUGGUGACAACCGCCAAGAUUUUCGAUGGUGUACGUUUGGAUAACUGUCACUCAACACCACUUCAUGUGGCCGAAUAUCUUUUAGAUGCCGCCAGAGCAAUUAAUCAAGAUUUAUAUGUUGUUGCGGAGCUUUUCACGAACUCCGACGCGACAGAUAAUGCUUUCGUUAAUCGCCUCGGUAUUACUUCCUUGAUACGUGAAGCUUUGUCCGCUUGGGACUCGCAUGAAGAGGGUCGCUUGGUCUACCGCUAUGGCGGCGAACCGGUUGGCGCAUUCUACGUGAAUCCCAAGCGUGAUCUAGCACCCAGCGUUGCGCAUGCACUUUUCAUGGAUCAAACGCAUGAUAAUCCAUCGCCAGUGGAAAAGCGUUCGGCUUACGAUUUAUUGCCAUCAGCAGCUUUAGUGUCCAUGGCUUGUUGUGCCACUGGCAGCAAUCGUGGCUAUGACGAACUCGUGCCGCAUCACAUCCAUGUCGUAGACGAGGAGCGUCAGUACCAGGAAUGGGGCAAAGGCGUGGACGGCAAUUCCGGCAUUAUUGCUGCUAAGCGUGCGCUUAAUUUGCUGCAUGGUCAACUCGCCGAAGAGGGCUUCAAUCAAGUGUAUGUCGAUCAAAUGGAUCCGAAUAUAGUCGCGGUUACGCGUCAUUCACCAACUACCCACGAAAGUGUUAUACUCGUCGCACACACUGCCUUCGGCUAUCCACAUCCGAAUGCUGGACCAACCGGCGUACGUUCACUACGUUUCGAGGGCACAUUGAACGAAAUUAUACUUGAGGCAGAUAUUGCAAUGAAAAGUGAUAAACCGUUUGAUCGACCGGGUCCAUUCAAGAAGGACCCGAAUUACAUCAACGGCUUCUCACAAUUUCAACUCAAUUUGCGCGAACACAUACCCUUGGAUAAGUCGAAAAUAUUCCGUGCCACUCCACAUGUGGAUGGCAAUGUAACACAACUGGAUUUCGAAAACCUGUAUCCAGGCUCGGUGGUAGCUAUCAGAGUGUCUCUGCACAACCCAACGAAACCUCAUGCUGAAUUCCUUCAAAGACUGGUGACGUCUUUGCAAUCCGAAAGCGGUGCGAUGUACAAGGAGUUGCGUGAAAUAAUCGCCAAAUUAGACCUGGUUGACUUGAACCGCGCGCUAUUUACCUGCGAAGAGGAGGAACGUGAUCACGGCUAUGGUGGCGCCGCUUAUGAUAUACCCAAUUAUGGCCGUACAGUUUACUGUGGUCUGCAAGGUUUCAUCUCUAUAUUGACGGAGAUAUCGCCACGCAACGAUUUGGGUCAUCCGCUUUGCAACAAUUUGCGAGAUGGCAAUUGGAUGAUUGAUUAUGUGGCUGAUCGCCUGGGUCAGCGUGAAGGCACGAAAAUAUUAUCUAAGUGGCUGAAGACCUCUUUUGAUCCGUUGAAGAAUAUACCAAGAUACCUCAUUCCCUGCUACUUUGACGCCAUUUUGAGUGGUGUGUAUGAAGCACUUGUUGGCCACACCUACCAACUGAUGCCAGAAUUCAUACGAGACGGUCAUAACUUCCCGCAAACACUUGCUUUGGCCACAUUACAGUUCCUAUCGGCGUGCAGAUCUGCUAACUUGCCACCGCUCAGUCCGGCUGUUGUACCUCAACCGCCCGAGAUAUGUGUAACGCUCUCUGCAGGUUUGCCACACUUCUCCACCGGUUACAUGCGCUGCUGGGGUCGUGACACCUUCAUUGCAUUGCGCGGCAUCAUGUACCUGACCGGUCGCUAUCAGGAGGCGCGCUAUAUCAUACUGGGUUUCGGUCAAUGUCUCCGACAUGGUCUCAUACCAAACUUGUUGGACAAUGGCACGAAGCCACGCUUCAACUGCCGAGAUGCCGUCUGGUGGUGGUUGAACUCCAUUAAACAAUAUGUCGGCGAAGCACCGCAUGGCGUGGAGAUCCUCAAGGAUUUGGUUUCACGUAUUUUCCCCUACGAUGAUAGUGAGCCACAUCCACGUGGCAAAUUCGAUCAAAAGUUGAUCGAUGUAAUGCAAGAGGCGCUGCAGAUACAUUUCCAAGGCUUACAAUAUCGCGAACGCAAUGCCGGCUAUGAGAUUGACGCGCACAUGACUGAUCAGGGUUUCAACAACAAUAUCGGCGUACAUCCAGAGACGGGUUUCGUCUUCGGCGGCAAUAUUGCUAAUUGCGGCACUUGGAUGGAUAAGAUGGGUUCGUCGGAGAAGGCGGGCAACCGCGGUCGUCCCGCUACACCACGCGAUGGCUCCGCGGUGGAGUUGGUUGGACUGCAAAUGUCGGUGUUGCGUUUUAUGCAAUCACUGAGCGAGAAGGGUAUUAUUAAGUACAAAUCUGUGGAACGCAAGGGAUCUAAUGGUGAAGUGACCACAUGGACCUACAAGCAAUGGGCUGAUCGCAUUCAAAAUAAUUUCGAGAAAUGCUUCUUUGUCGAUGAAUCGGAGACGGGUUUGCAAGCGAACAAGAAGAAUAUCUACAAAGAUUCGUAUGGUGCUUCGCAGGGUUGGACUGAUUUCCAAUUGCGUUGCAACUUCCCAAUAACAAUGGUUGUUGCGCCGGAACUUUUCAAUCCACAAAAAGCUUGGGCUGCUUUAGAACAGGCGCGCAAACAUCUGCUCGGUCCAUUGGGCAUGAAGACACUGGAUCCCGACGAUUGGAAUUAUCGUCCAAACUAUGAUAACUCGAAUGACGCCGAUGACUGCACGGUGGCGCAUGGUUUUAACUAUCAUCAGGGACCUGAAUGGCUUUGGCCUAUUGGCUUCUAUUUACGCGCUCGCCUCAUAUUCGCCAAGAAGUGCGGUUACCUGGAUGCGGCUAUCGCAGACACAUGGUCAAUUUUGCGCGCUCACUUAAAGGAGCUACACACCUCCCAUUGGCGUGGACUGCCCGAACUGACCAACGAUAACGGUGCCUAUUGUCAUGAUUCCUGUCGUACGCAGGCUUGGAGUGUGGCCACCAUAUUAGAGGUUCUGCAUGAUUUGCACGCCAUUGGCGGCGAUGUUUGAAGCGCGCAAAUUUUUGCCUCACAGACCUAAAGCUUCUAGGCAGCGUAAGAAAGAGCAAAAACAGGAGAUUGUGAGAAAGUGCACACAAUUGAUCAAAAUACAAAUAAGAAAAAAUUGCCUAAAACAGAUCCUUAAGAUCACCUUCAUUGUUGUUUACUUCGUGCGUUCAUUAGAUUAUUGUUGUUGUAAUACAUUUUAUAUACAUACAACCAGAUACUAGAGAAGUGUACCAUUAUGCUGUUGACUAUUUUAAAAACAUACAUACAUACAUAUACAUACAAUAUUUUUUGUAUACCUUAAGACGGUUAGUUGAAGCUAAGUAUUGUGAGCUCACUAACUCAACGAACUAAUCGCUAGUAAUUGAAAGCAUAUCAAAUGCGUAUAAAAAGUUAAGAGAAAUUACUAACAACACACACACACACAUAAAUAUAUUACGAAAAUCUUGUUAGUUUAAAAA